GGACCCGCGGGGGCCUCCCGGGCGCCGCCCGCCACCACCCCCCUGUUCCCCGACCGGCUCUCCCCCCCAGCCCCAAAAUGAGGAAACGGAGCGACUUGCUCCAAGUUGUGCAGCCCGGAGCGCCUCGGGGUGCGCUGCCGGCUCGCGGGGACCCGCCUGGGGCCGGGCGUGGGGCGCGGCCCGGGGGCGUCCCCUGAGCAGGUGAGCCCCCGUCUCCUGGCCCGGCCUCGCUGCCCGUCUCAGCCAGGAUGCCCACGAGGCGCUGGGCCCCCGGCACGCAGUGCAUCACCAAGUGCGAGCACUCGCGGCCCAAGCCGGGGGAGCUGGCCUUCCGCAAGGGCGACGUGGUCACCAUCCUGGAGGCCUGCGAGGUAAGCGCGUGCGCGGCGGCGGGGGCGCGCCGCCCGGACCCCGCCCACGCCCGCCUCCCGCCUCCCGCACAGAGCAAGAGCUGGUACCGCGCCAAGCACCACGCCAGCGGCCAGGAGGGGCUGCUGGCGGCCGGCGCGCUGCGCGAGCGCGAGGCCCUGUCCGCCGACCCCAGGCUCAGCCUCAUGCCGUGGUUCCACGGGAAGAUCUCGGGGCCCGAGGCCGUGCGGCAGCUGCAGCCGCCCGAGGACGGGCUGUUCCUGGUGCGCGAGUCGGCGCGGCACCCCGGGGACUACGUGCUGUGCGUGAGCUUCGGCCGUGACGUCAUCCACUACCGCGUGCUGCACCGCGACGGCCGCCUCACCAUCGACGAGAGCGCGUGCUUCUGCAACCUCAUGGACAUGGUGGAGCACUACAGCCGGACCAAGGGCGCCAUCUGCACGAAGCUCGGGAAACCCCGCCGGAAGCAGGGCACGAGGUCGGCCGAGGAGGAGCUGGCCAAGGCCGGCUGGUUGCUGAACCUGCAGCACCUGACGCUGGGGGCGCAGAUCGGAGAGGGGGAGUUCGGAGCCGUCCUGCAGGGCGAGUACCUGGGGCAGAAGGUGGCCGUGAAGAACAUCAGGUGUGACGUCACGGCCCAGGCCUUCCUGGAGGAGACGGCGGUGAUGACGAAGAUGAGACACCGGAACCUGGUGCGGCUCCUGGGCGUGAUCCUGCACCAGGGGCUGUACCUCGUCAUGGAGCACCUGAGCAAGGGCAACCUGGUGAACUUCCUGCGCACGCGCGGCCGCGCGCUCGUCAGCACGGCGCAGCUGCUGCAGUUCUCCCUCCACGUGGCCGAGGGCAUGGAGUACCUGGAGGCCAAGCGGCUGGUGCACCGCGACCUGGCCGCGCGCAACGUGCUCGUGUCCGAGGACCUGGUGGCCAAGGUCAGCGACUUCGGCCUGGCCAAGGCCGAGAGGAAGGGGCUGGACUCGAGCCGGCUGCCGGUCAAGUGGACGGCGCCCGAGGCGCUCAGGCAGGGGAGGUUCACCAGCAAGUCGGACGUGUGGAGCUUCGGGGUGCUGCUUUGGGAGGUCUUCUCGUACGGACGAGCUCCGUACCCCAAGAUGUCGCUGAAGGAGGUGUCGGAGGCCGUGGAGAAGGGGUACCGCAUGGAGCCCCCCGACGGCUGCCCGGGGCCCGUGCACGCGCUCAUGGGCAGCUGCUGGGAGGCGGAGCCCGCGCGCCGGCCUCCCUUCCGCAAGCUGGUGGAGAAGCUGGCGCGCGAGCUGCGGGCCGCCCCCGCCCCCGCCCCCGCCGCGCAGGACCCUGGCCCCUCCAGCGCCCCGCGCAGCCAGGAGCCGUGACCUUUGCCCCCCGAGGACACAGGGCGGGGGGCGCGGAGUGGGCUGCGGGCCAGGCGCGGGCGGGGCAGCCCCCGGACACCCCAGGCUGUGACGCCGAUAAACACCGACUGCGAGGA